AGGUAGCCGAAGCGAGUGAAGAUGGCGGCGGAGCGAAGCCGCUCCCCGAUGGGCUCGCCGGUGCCGGCCUGUAUGUUUGCGCCGGAACCCAGCCCCCCGGGCGCAACCCGCGCCGCGGCCGCCGCCUCCCGCCUCCACACGGGCUUCGAUUCGGAUUGCAGUGAGGACGGGGAGGCGCUCAACGGCGAGCCCGAGCUGGACCUCACCAGCAAGCUGGUGCUAGUAAGCCCAACAUCAGAGCAGUAUGACAGCCUCCUCCGGCAGAUGUGGGAGAGGAUGGACGAGGGAUGCGGAGAGACCAUAUAUGUCAUUGGGCAGGGAUCAGACGGGACCGAGUAUGGGCUGAGUGAGGCUGACAUGGAGGCCUCGUAUGCGACCGUGAAGAGCAUGGCCGAGCAGAUGGAGGCGGAUGUCAUCCUCCUGCGGGAGCACCAGGAGGCCGGCGGCCGAGUGCGCGACUACCUUGUCCGCAAGCGGGUUGGAGACAAUGACUUCCUGGAGGUCAGGGUCGCCGUGGUGGGCAACGUGGACGCGGGGAAGAGCACGCUGCUGGGGGUCCUGACGCACGGGGAGCUGGACAACGGCCGAGGCUUCGCCCGGCAGAAGCUCUUCCGGCACAAGCACGAGAUGGAGUCGGGCCGCACCAGCAGCGUGGGCAACGACAUCCUGGGCUUCGACAGCAAGGGCAACGUGGUCAACAAGCCCGACAGCCACGGGGGCAGCCUCGAGUGGACCAAGAUCUGUGAGAAGUCCACCAAGGUCAUCACCUUCAUAGACCUGGCCGGCCACGAGAAGUACCUGAAGACGACCGUCUUUGGCAUGACUGGCCACCUGCCCGACUUCUGUAUGCUCAUGGUGGGCAGCAAUGCUGGGAUUGUGGGCAUGACCAAGGAGCAUCUGGGCUUGGCACUGGCGCUCAACGUUCCCGUCUUUGUCGUGGUCACCAAGAUUGACAUGUGUCCAGCCAACAUCCUACAAGAGACCCUGAAGCUGCUGCAGCGCCUGCUGAAGUCUCCGGGCUGCCGCAAGAUCCCUGUCCUGGUGCAGAGCAAGGACGAUGUGAUUGUGACCGCAUCCAACUUCAGCUCAGAGAGGAUGUGCCCCAUAUUCCAGAUCUCCAAUGUUACAGGAGAGAAUUUAGACCUGCUCAAGAUGUUUCUGAACCUGCUGUCCCCACGCACCAGUUAUCGGGAGGAUGAGCCCGCUGAGUUCCAGAUCGAUGACACGUACUCCGUGCCGGGCGUGGGGACAGUGGUGUCGGGAACCACGCUGAGGGGCCUGAUCAAGCUGAAUGACACGCUGCUGCUGGGCCCCGACCCCCUGGGCAACUUCCUGCCCAUCGCAGUGAAGUCCAUCCACCGCAAGAGGAUGCCGGUCAAGGAGGUGCGCGGAGGCCAGACAGCCUCCUUUGCUCUGAAGAAGAUUAAGCGCUCCUCUAUACGGAAAGGCAUGGUCAUGGUGUCUCCGCGCCUGAAUCCCCAAGCUUCCUGGGAGUUCGAGGCCGAGAUCCUGGUCCUCCAUCACCCCACGACGAUCAGCCCGCGAUACCAGGCGAUGGUGCAUUGUGGGAGCAUCCGGCAGACUGCCACCAUCUUGAGCAUGGACAAAGACUGUCUGCGUACCGGGGACAAGGCCACAGUUCACUUCCGCUUCAUCAAGACGCCCGAGUAUCUGCACAUAGACCAGAGGCUGGUGUUCCGAGAGGGCCGUACCAAAGCUGUGGGCACCAUCACCAAGCUCCUGCAGACCACCAACAACUCCCCAAUGAAUGCCAAACCCCAGCAGAUCAAGAUGCAGUCGACAAAAAAGGGUCCCUUGACUAAACGGGAUGACGGGGGGCCGCCUGGCGGGCUGGCAGCAGGGGGGCCUCCUGGAGAGGAAGCUCCCCUGCCAGGGGCCGCCCAGCCCACCCCCUCCAGCGUCCUCCAGCCCCAGCCCAAGGCCAGCAGUGGAGGCCGUCGCCGGGGAGGCCAGCGGCACAAAGUGAAGUCCCAGGGGGCCUGCGUGAUGCCGGCCAGUGGCUGCUGAACCCCUCCCGUCUCCCCCCACUCGGCCUCCCCCAGGAUCCUCCUGUCCCCCACCUCCUGUCUGAAAGAUGAAGCAGAGUGGCUAUCCCCCCGCCGAGCCCGUGCCCCCUCGGCCCCUCCACCUCCAUGUCCCCGGGAUUGUAAUUUAUAAGCUCCAGAAGAGGGCUGGAGGAGGGCGGGGAUGACUUGCCCCCACUGUCCUCCUGGGCCCUCGGACCGACCUUCCCUGACACACUUUUGUACAUCUUGGGCCCUGAGUUUUUAUUCCUUUUUAUUAUUAUAUAUAUAAAUAUAGAGAGAGAGAGAGAGUGUGUGUGUGUGCGUGUGUGUAUGUGUGUGAAGAUGAAGGCGGCUGGGCCAAGUAUCAAGAUCCCAUCUCUUCUCUCCCCCAUUCCUUACGCAUAACUAUCCUCAGGGGUUCUCAGGCGGGGUGGGGAGAGGUGGGGGACACUGUACUCUGCCCUUUAGAUUGGGACCCUCCCCCACUCCCCUUCCCUUCAGAGCAUUGCAGGAAGAAUGGCCCCUGGGCUGGGGAAGGCCCUGGUCACCAAAGGAGGGCCCUCCAGCCCCUCACUUCUGCUGUUCUAAAUGGGGGUGAGAAUGGAAAGGACGGCCGCCUCCCCUUCACUCCUUUCUCUCUUUCUAGUCCCCCCUUCCCCUGAAAAAGGAAGCCCCAAAGCGCUUAACUUGUAACCAGUAGAUUGGAGGGCUUCAGACUGGCCUUAUGCCCACCCCUCAACCUGCCACCAUGGCUUCCAGUUUUUCCGUUUGGAGACAAUCCCCCCUUCUUCCUUCCCGGCCAAAUUGGCUUUGGGGAUUCUGGAGAAUUUCCACUCUGGCCUGGAGGUGGGGCCCUCAGCUUGCUUGGGAUUAUGUUUAUGAAGUCCCCUGUGGGCUAGGGGAUCCUCUCCCCGAGUGGGUGGAGCAGCUGCUCCCCCUGCCCGUCCAUCCUGCCCACUCUGCCCCGUUGUGGCUGCCACUGGAGCUGACUCGGAGCUUGUGCCAAGGGUGUGGAAGUCCCCAGCGGGUUGAAACUCUGGGUGCUGAGAGAGGGAGUGGGACGGGCCCUCCUCGGCUUGACUUGAGGCCUGCAGUUCAGGCUGGGGUGGGACCAGCUCAGGCGGCAGCCUUGUGACCCACUCCAGGGAGGAGCCACGGCCCAAGUCUGUGCUCUGCCCCAACCGGGGCCGCCCUUAGCUUCUCACUCUCUUCCCCCCUUGUCCCCCUUUUCCCACUAGAAGGCGAGGCCCCUUCCCCAGACUUGACUUAGUUUCCCUCUCCCACCCCCAGGUGUUUCCCCUGGUUGUUACUGACCAGCAUUUAUGGACCAGCCAGACUGACAUUCUAAAUAAAAGUUUGUUUGCAGUCCAGUA